CGGCGGCGGCCGGCCGGGGCGGGACUCCCGGGGGCCCGGGGCGCGGGCGGGACGGCGGGGGCCGGGGGCGGGGGCUGGCGGCCGGCCGGCGCGGCCCCGUGACGUCGUCCGACUCCUGGGAUCUCUCCCGGGCCGGUCCCCUCCUCCCGUCCGCCCGGCCCUCCUCCGCGCCGCCGCGGGCUUUCGCGCUCGCUCGCUCUCUGGCUCGCAGGCGGGUGCCAGGCGCUCUCGGCGCUCGCUCCGCUCCUUCCCGCUGCGACCCUCGGCCUCCCGGACGCGCGCGCUCCCGGCGGCCCCCCUGCUCCUCCGGCGGGUCCCUCCUCCCGGUGGUUCCCCGGCGCCCCCACCCCGCCCCCCCGCGCGCUCCGGGUACCCCCCCCCCCUCCUCCCGCUCGGCGCCGAGCAGCCCAGCAGCGCGCCUCCCCACUCAGCCUCGCCGGAGCCGCGCCGCCGCAGGGCCGCACUCUCUCGGCUCCCCGGGGUGCGCCCUCCUCGGUUCCGCGCCCUCGGGCUGCGCCGGGACACCCGCCUCCCCCUCCUCCUCCUCCUUCUCCACUCCUCCUCCUCCUCCUCCUCCUCGCGGCUCUCGGCCCCGCCCGGCCGGGCCCCCGCCCCGCGCCCCGCGCGCCGGCGAUGUGAGUCCUGCUCGCCCGAGCCCAGCAGCAGCAGCAGCCGCCGCCGCCGCUCGCGUGCCCAGCCCAGCGCAGCGCAGCCGCGGGCGCUCGCCGGCUCUCGGGCGGCCAGUGCGCUCGCGCCCUCGCGGGGCCCCCCGAGCCCUCGCCGGCGCCACCGACGCCGCAGCCCGCGGGCCGUCCCCGGCCGGCCAUCCCCGGCCCCAGCGCCGCUGACCCUGUCCGCCGCGGGCGGGGACGCGGGCGGAGGAGGCGCCGCCGCGGAGCCCCCGGACGCGACCAUGUCGGAGGUGCUGCCCUACGGCGACGAGAAGCUGAGCGCCUACGGCGACGGCGGCGACGUGGGCCAGAUCUUCUCCUGCCGCCUGCAGGACACCAACAACUUCUUCGGCGCCGGGCAGAACAAGCGGCCGCCCAAGCUGGGCCAGAUCGGCCGGAGCAAGCGGGUUGUUAUUGAAGAUGAUAGGAUUGAUGACGUGCUGAAAAAUAUGACAGACAAAGCACCUCCCGGUGUCUAAGCCCCCCCAAAGACAAUGAGUUAAGGGAGAGAAUAAGCGUAAGAACGGCGGUAAUGGUUAUUGGCAGAAAGCAUGAAGAAGAGAGAGCACUUUGAAAUUUGUUACUAGCUCGCUACCCAGGAUGAAAACAACAACCUGUGUCUCGUGUCAGGCCGGGAGACAGAUGAGGCGUGAGAACGAGGAGGAGAAGGCUCUGGGCUCCUGCAAAAAUAAUAAUAAAAAAAAAUUUAAAAAAUUUAAAGUCACUAUAUACACACGUAAAGAAAUAAAAAGUCUCCGUUGCAGCUAUUUGUCAAAAUUAAUAUCCAUUUCUUUUUAUAUACAGUGAAUAUUGCGCAAUGAUAGAUAUGGAUUUUGAACCACUGAAAUAAUGAAGCGCCAACACCUGUGUUUUGAGGUGGUGGCAUUCUUCGCUGAUUUGGCUGUUCCCAAUGUUUACAUUAUUUAAUCUUGCAAAAAUGAUUCUGUGCACUUGGCUGUGAAAUGCUGUCCAGUUUUAUUUUUUUAAUGUUGUUAUCCUUGGAUGUACAAAAAACAAUCAGAAAAACGGUUUCUAUAUAGAUAUUGUUUUUAUUUUGGUUAUCUUUUGAAGUUAUCAGGAAUGUGUUGAGAACUAGAGAACUUUUCUAAGGAAUGAUACUUAGAAUCCUUGUUUUGUUUAAAAAUGAAUUGUAAAGCUUGUGUUUCUUUGUUGUUGCAAGCUAUUUGCCCAAGUUAAUGCAAAUGGACACAUUUUAUAUGUCAGAGAAAAAAAAAAACACAUGCGGAAAAACAAAAAAAAAUAUGCUUGAGCUUUUUCUAAUCUCUCCCUGCAGUCUGUUGUGUGAGCAGCCUGUUUUUUCCCUCUAAUAUUGUGUCAGUUUAUUCUCUUUAAUGGACUGUAAAAAAAUGUAAUCACAAGAGUGCCAAAUAUCUUGAAAUGCCAAAAGGCAUUUUGGUUUCUUUCCUUUUCCCUGUGCUCUGCGUCCCAGUGCAGGAAUGCCGGAGUCUCUUUCUGUUAUUUAUGGGGGGUUUCUUAAGGCACACCAGCUGCCUGAUUUGCAUGGAAUUUGCAAAAAUGCCUCUUGUGUGAGGAAAUCUUUUACCAUUUUUUUUGUUUGCAACUUUGGACCUCAAGAGGUUUCUUGGAUAUCCCUCCCUGUUCCCUCUUUUCUUAAUUCAAUAUUCUGUAUGUUGCACCUUUAACCAGCACACAGGGCUAUUUCUCGGAUGUACAAUAAUAAAAAAAAAAACUGUU